GAGCUCAGUGAAGUAGCGGCGUCGCUCUAGAUCGCUGCACAGAAACAUGGCGGAGACCGUUCGCUCACAGUUUGACCGCCGGGAGCCUCUGGCGCUGGACAGGGACCGAGACGGUGAGGCCAGCAAGCAGCCUGCUCCUCGGGGACGUGGUUGCAGUAGGAAAAGAAAGGGAACACCAGUUAAAGUGUGCGAUAGAGUCUUUGCCCCAGAAGAUGAUGAGGAGAACACAGAGCACAAUUACGCACCAGGUAAUGGUCAGGAAAAAACAGAGCACAAACAAAGAUCUGGUCUGUACAGCACGGCUGAAUCUGCUCAAACCUGUGCUACUGAGACAGGGGAACAGAGCUCUAGCAGUGGGAGGGGAGGCGGUCUCUACCCGCCGCCCAACUGCCGAAUCCGGGAAGUACACUGUGGCAAUCAGGUGCGGCUGGUUGUCGUUGCCAUUCGUGACAUCACCAAAGGCGAGGAGAUCACUGUCGACUAUAAUCCAAGCGAGUGGGGGGAAAACGCCAUGACAAGGGGUUUAACUGGCUCUGGUUCUGGUGCAGCCAGAGAGCCACCUCCUGAUCAUGACAAGAAUGUUAAGAAGGAGGAGGAGUCUGGGUCUGGUCAUGUAUCGGAUUAUGUCACUCCAUCCUGGUCUCUUUCUCCUAAAUCCUCUCAGCUCUCUCAUUCUGAGCUCAGCGAUUCAGAUGAUGCAGAACCACGCAGCCGGAACCCUCGUCGUCGCAAAAAGCAUCGCAAACUGUCCUCUUCAGCUGCGGCUAACAAUAAUACAAACUCUAAUGAUAAGAAGAAACAGCCUCAUCCCCCACCUCACCGGCCUCCAGGUCGACCGCCAUCGCAGCCCUUGCCCCACUCCCUGCCCUCAUGUCCCCCUCAGCCUCCUGCACCCUCCAGGCCUGUGUUUAAAAGCCCUGCCCCUGCUGGGGUUGGAGGCAGCUCUAUUAAUGUCAGCGCCGGUAGGGGUAUGAGCCCUGUGAUGCAGAAGCAGUGUUGCGUAUACUGUGGUCGCCAUUACCGCUCUGUCCAGCGCCAUCUAGACAAACACCAUGCUCACCAGCCAGAUGUACGUGCAGCCAUGUUGAAAUCACAAGGUUCUGCCCACCUGCCUCAUCUACAUGCUUCUCUGCCUUCAUCCUCCUCCUCCUCUGCCUCAGGGCACAGAGAAACUAUCGUUAUUCCUACACAACAGUCUCCGCCCCCUCCUCCUCUUCCUCAUUCUUCUUCUGUUUCUCCAACUAGAAAGAGCCCUGUUCUCAAUAGCCCUGCCCAUCGCAAAAGCCCUGCCCCUCCUCCACCCACUACACCACCCAGAAAGUUCGGAGGUGUUCCUGUGUCAGUGCUGAAGAGAAGCCCACCCACUCCGGUGACUCCUCCCAGAAAAGCAGGACGCAAAAAGAAAGAGAAAGAAGAUUUGGAUAUAAUGGAAAAGAUGAAAGAGGAAUUUGUCGAAGUGUUAAAACAGGUGGAGGACCCUAAAAUGGAGGAGGAAGAGAACGAGGAAGAAGGAGAGGAAGAUGAUGACAGCAGUGCAGAGGAUAAGAGUGACCUUUCCAGUUCUCGCCGUCCUCACAUGCUCCCCCUGCUCUCGUCUCUCUCCUCCCUUGUGUUGUACCUGCGGCGUCUCCAGCACUCAGCCUUCAUCUCUCUGUCACGUUCCCCGCAGUCAGCUGAAGCAUGGCGUCUGCUGUGUCACUCUAGCUUGGCGCUUCUUAUCCUCUACAAUCGUCGCCGCGAGUGUGAGGUCUCCAAACUCACCAUCUCCGAGUACCAGACUCGGGUGACUCCUCAGUCCUAUGCCCCGUUGCCUUCCAAUGCUCUUACACCUCUUGAAGCCUCGCUUUCUCCUUUUGAGAGGCUCGUCCUGCCCCACCUUCCUCGAGUGGGCGUCCAGGGAAAACGAGGACGAGUACAGCCCCUGAUUCUGCCCCCUCACUCCGAACAUUGCUUAGAGCUUCUUUUACAAACUAGGGCAGGAGUUGGGGUUGAUCCCCAGAACCCCUAUGUCUUUGCCCGGCCAUACCAUUCUCCCGCCACACCUCUGAGAGGUACAGAUUUGCUAAGAAAUUUGGCUAAGUCCAGUGGAACGCGCCACCCGAGGGCACUCACACAAACACGCGUUCGUAGACAAGUCGCAAUUCUUACCCAGUUACUGAUGCUAAGUGAGGGUGAAGAGGAGGGACAGCAUGGAGCCGCACAGCAGAGGUUAGAGAACUUUCUCCAGAAGGAGUACCAUGUGACCCAAAGCUGUGUUACUAUUGGCCAGGACCCAGGGCUCAUGGGCCUGAUCGGCCGUGUGGUACUGUGUGGGGAAAGAGAUGGCGUACUCUUUCGAGGAAUGAGUCUUCAUCAUAUCUGUUUAGAGCUGGAUGUGAUGUCGGGGAAUUCUGCAGAUUCGUUGUCAGAAGAAUCAGAUGGAGAGCAAGAGAAGGAAAAGAGUGAUUCCCCAACCAUCAUGGUUAAAAAGUCCUCCAGCAGUAUCAAACCCCCUCGGCUCAAGAAGAUGAGCUCCUCUCCCUUCUCUCCCAACCGCAAGAGGGGCUCAGGACAGCCCAAGCCAGGUAAGCGUGGCGUUCUGAAGCGUCCGUGGUCUGAGGCGGAGCGGGCUGCGGUGGAGUCGCACCUGGUGCGGAACAUCAUGGAGCUGCGUGUCCCCGCUAAAGCAGACUGCGAGCGCUGCCUGGAGCAGUGUCCGCUCCUGGUCACUAACCGGAGAGACUGGAGAGCCAUCAAGUUCUACUGCCACAACCGCAUCCAACUGCUGAAGAAAACACAGCAGAGACAGAGCCCACCCACCCUGUCCGUUUGCUGAGGCGGCCAAUCACAAAGCCUGCUAGGGAAAGGUAGGAGGGGUCAGAGGUAGAGAGAGGAGAUGAGGAGUUUCUAAACCAGACUAAAGCUGUACAGAUAUGAAGGUGGACCCUGUGUGUGUGUGUGUGUGUGUGUGUGUGUGUGUGUGUGUGUGUGUGUGUGUGUGUGCGUACAAUCACCAGACAUUUUUAGUUAGGAAGGCUAAAAGACUUGAAAUGUCAGCAACUCUGCACAUUGAUGAAGAUAUACCAUAGACGUUUUAUUACUGUUAUUCUGAUGAGUUUGUUUUCAUUCUCUUGUUAAUUUAUGACGACUUGGGGAAAAAUGUAUCCUGACAAUAUUGUGAUAUUUUUGAACAUCAUGAUACAUGUGUGCCACAAUAUUUAAUUUUGAAACUGAAAUACAUUGUUGUAUACAUGUUCUGUUUAAAAGUUAGAAAAAUAUUUAUAUAACAUUAAUCAACUGUAUCAUAAUGUUCAUAUAUCACAGUAUCAGUAUUCCAUGACCCUAUUGCCCAGCUCUACUAUACACACACACAAAACAACACUAAUUGUCUCUAAUUGUCCCCAAAGAGGGCUUGUACUCUUUAUUUAACGAGCCUUGAAGUUUCUGUGGUGCUUCCUCGUGAGCGACUCCUGAAAAAAAAAAAUACAUUAUGCUUUAGGAGGAAAGUGUCAUGUGAUGUUUAGCAUCUAGUCACACUUUUGCUGUCUUUAACAGAUCAUUAUAGCUUUUUUGUUUUCACAAAAACAGUGUCUUAAAGUAAAAGAAAAGUCAGGUUUGCACAUUUCCUUCUUUACAUUUUUGACCUUUUUGAGAAAAAAAGACCCAUGCCUGAAAAAAGUAAGGUGAAAAAAAAGGUGAAGGAUAAAACCCUCAUCUAAUAUCAUUAAUUAUACAUUUAAUUUCCCUUCUUAAUUCUGUCACAAUUCAGAAAUGUCUUUGCAAUCUUGAAACUGAAAGCACAGAACAUCAGCUCAGAUGUUUAGAGUAAUCAAUUGUUAUGAUUCUAGAACACAACAGAGCCAGUUUUUUGUUUUCUCCCAGUAGUGUCAAGAUUUAAACGCGAUGUUUGGAACGUUUAGAAUUUGUUUCUAGUUCUAGACCUUAUAGACCAAUAGGAUAAAACAUCAGGUAAGAUCAUUUAGAAAUUUAGAAUGUUUGGAAUCUAUAUCAGAAGUCGGUACAGGCUCUGGAUUGAUAGCACAUUAAUUUUAACUGGGCAGCUAGAAUGGGGUUCUACCCCAUUAGCUCAGCCCUUCUGAUAGGACAGAAAAUCACCCUCAUAGGUUUUUAAUGUUAGAGAGUUGAGCAGAAGUCAUACAUGUUCUUGGAUGGUAGGGAAAAAAAAUUAAACAGUAUGGUAAGAACAGAGUUAGUUUUCAGCAUGUUGUUUCAGCUAAGAAUUUUUAUUGUUUAGAAUAGAGUUAAUUUAAAUAUAGUGUUUGGAACGGUGUUUGUUCUACUUCUAGAACAUUGUUUCAGGACAGAGUUUAGAAACGUAGGUCACGCUUCUGACAGGACAGAGCAUUAGCACAUACCUUUUAGAAUGUUCUAGAACAGUGGCAGGAGAUUGUUGGUUCUAGAUUUAGAACAGUAGCUCAAACAGAACAUUUACAGCAUUGUUGUAUCCAGUUCUAGAACAAUAGCUGGGACAUUUUAAUAAGGCUUUUAGAGCAGGAUGUUUGAAAUGGUGUUGCCUCUAACCCAGCUUAGUAACAAUGUCCAUUUUGGUUUUAGACCAAAAGCUGAGAUAUUUUAACAAGGUGUUCAUUUUAAACUUGUCUUGGUUUCUGUCUUGGUCUUGGUUCUGGACAGAAGAGAAUAUUUAGAGCAGGGACUGGGUAGAUAUGUGGUCCUAGAGAAGGGGUUCAGAUUUUAUAACUGUUAUAAAGAUGUUUAGAGAGGGUUCUGGCUCUAAAGCAGUCUAACAGAUGUUUUUUAAGUGGCGCCGAUUCUAGACUAGUAGGUUGGUUAUUUCCGACUGAAUGUGUGAAGUGGGUUCUUGCUCUGAAAUAGUGGCUCAGAUAUGUUAACAGGAUAUUUGAUUCUAGAACAGCAGCUUGGAUAUUUUAUCCGAAUGAUUAGAGCAGGGUCUGGUUCUAGAUCAGUAGCUGAGACAUUGUAACAGAGCGUUAAGAGCGGGUUUUCGGUUAUGUAGAUGCGUUUAAUUGUUGCUUAACGAGGUUGAUUUAAUGAGCUUUACUUGUGUGUGUAUGUGUGGGUGUAUGUGUGUGUGAUCUGUUUCUACUCUUCAGACUUUUUUAUAUGAAACACGUAACCACACUUAACACCUCAGUUUACACUUAAAUUAUUUAACAGUGGAUAUUAUUUGUGUAGUGUCUAAUCUGUAGUUAGUUUUCCACUCACCAUGUACAUACAGAUUUAUAUAAAAAUAUACAUUACACUGUCCUUAUUAUUAAUGAUUAUUAAUAUUAUUAAUAUGACCCACAUUACUGGUGUUUUUGUCUUUAUUGUUCCUGCUGUUAUUUCUACUUGCUUGUUUUUUUUUCAUCCUGUAAAUAUUGUAUGUAAAUAUAUAUGUAUAUAAAUAUGAGGAACAAAACAUGAAAGAACACAUGAAUGUAAAUACAUGAACUGUUUGGUGUUUUUUUUUAACUGGUCUGAAGUGACGAAUAAAACAUUUUCAUUUGUAA